AUGUCUGACCAAACGCCUGAACGGGCCACUUCUCGACAACGCGGUCUGAAAGAUGUCAUCGAUGACAGCUCUUUCUGGACUGUCUCAGAUCGGGAACUUCUUUCUCUGAUCAAAGCAGAGUUCCCGCUUGAGCUGCAACGGCUACACCGUGCGACCUUUGUACGAGAUUCAGAUGCCCCAAGCCCUGAUGGUCCAUCCAUUUCUGAAACCCUCUACGGACAUGACUACCCAGAAGUUAAUCGGACCUUGCUAGGUAUACUGGCAUUGCGUUGGCUGUGGAACGACGAGUAUGGCGCAUUCGUUGGCACGCAACCUUCACCAGUGAGGCUCGCCCGCGAAUCUUUCAAUUGGCUGAGGCAGAUUUACAUCACUGGUCUGAAAUCAGCAGAAGAAAUCUAUACUUUGAUCACUUGUAUGGUCAUCAACGAUCUUGGUAAAGAUCCCAAUCUGGCAACCGAAUACGCGGCCAAGGAAGGCCUUGAUGUCUCAAACGUCAAUCACGACAUGAUUCUCUAUCGAGCAGUCGAGGCCGGGAUGAUCGAAGCUCUGGAUCGGCUCGCCGAGAAUUACAAACAGGACGUUCUUUUGGGCAUCAAGCUCGGGUCGAGCUUCAAUUUUGGUCAACUUGCCCAAGCGGAAAAUGCCCCGGCAUCCCUCACAGGGCUUGCAGAGAUGCGUGACCAUGAUCGCGCUUUUGAGCUCCGGUACAUGGAACAAGUCCUUGAUCUUGCCGGUGCUUCUGGUCACGAGGACUGGACCUGCGCGAAGAAAAUGGUCGAGCCAGUCUUUGAAUCAUACCGUACCGUUUAUGACGUGGCGGGUGCCAUCAUCGCUGGAGACACAAGCUUCCGAGAUGCGUACGAUAUCGUCCUCAUCCGGAAGGCCGAACUUUUGCAUCGACUGGGGUAUCAACGUGUCUUCGACGUCAAGGACAAUCGGGAUCGCGCGGUGAUGCGACUGUUCUGCCUAGCGAACACCUCCAACGUACGAGACGCCGAGAUGUACUUUGAAUCGUUUACCGAACGGAUAUCAGAAGAUACGAGACAAAUGCUGAUCUCCGGUCUCAAUGUAGAUGGCACCAUCGAGUCACCAGCUGUACAGGCAACCUAUAUUCCGGCGAUGCUGACAAGGGCUGCCAGCCGCACCUUGAACGGGACUGAAGAGGAAAAGAUCAAGGUCAUCGGCGCCAUGUUGCGCUAUCUUGCGCGGUGCCUGAAGGUGGAUAAAUCGAGCCUCUCCCAAAUGCCGAAAGGGGUCACCGUCAUCGAAAGGGACGUGAGGAAAAUCAUACCAGUAUUGGACAGCGAGGAAUUCAAGAAGAACCCUGAUAUACUGGACAGGGAAGAGAUACCUAGUGCCCAAGUCGCCAAUAUAGCACCAGACAUCGACAUUGGGGACUGA